UCGUGUGCAAAAUCUGUGCAAGAACGACAGCAAAGUACGAGAAGGAACUUUCUGGAACGAAAGAGGAGGACGAGCCACAACGUCAACUUGUGGACGCUGUUCGCAUGCAGCCUCGUGUUGUGUUCCACAGAGCAGAGCGGAAAGUGUUGCGAUCGUCGUGUGAAAAUGUGUGCAAGGAGGACAGCAGAGUACGAGGAGGAACUUUGUGGCCCAAAAGAGGAGAAGGAGCCACAACGUCAACUACUGGACGCUGCGUUCAAUCUGCAGCCUCGAAUUGUGCUACACAGAGCAGACGUCAGUGAAAAUCUUCAUCCUGAGCGGCAGCAGUCAGUGUCCCCUCACAUCAAAGAGGAAGAGGAGGAUGAAGAGGUUCAACACAUCAAAGAGGAGGAGGAAGAGUUCCUUCACAUUAAAGAGGAAGAGCAGGAGGAAAUCAUCAAGGUUCCAUCGACUGGUGUCCCUUUGAAGAGUGAAGAUGAAGGUCGAAGUGAGGAGAGACGAGGGGCGGAGCCACCAAACAGCAACAGCUCAAGUGAUGGAGACCACUGUGGAGGAUCACAAACAGACGGUGAUGAUGAUGAUGUUGAUGAUGAACAGUUGGAAGGUGAUAUGACAUGUCACACUGCCAAUAAAUGCUGGAAAUGUUCUAAAUGUAGGAAAACCUUUGCUUCUAAGAGCAAUUUCAAACGACACAUGAAAAUACACACUGGAGAGAAGCCUUUUGCAUGCUCAGUUUGUGGUCAAAGGUUCUCUCAAAGGGGACAUUUGACACGUCACACAAGAACACACACAGGUGAGAAACCUUUUGCCUGCUCAGUUUGUGGUCAAAGAUUCUCUCACAAGGAAAGCUUAAAAAUACACACACGAACCCACACUGGUGAGAAACCUUUUGCCUGCUCAGUUUGUGGUCAAAGAUUCUCUCACAAGGAAAGCUUAAAAAUACACACAAGAACACACACUGGAGAGAAGCCUUUUGCCUGCUCAGUUUGUGGGCAAACUUUCUCUCAGAAGGGAACCUUAAAAAUACACACAAGAACGCACACUGGAGAGAAGCCCUUUGCCUGCUCAGUUUGUGGUCAAAGAUUCUCUCACAAGGGACAUUUGACAGGUCACGCAAGAACACACACUGGAAAGAAGCCUUUUGCCUGCCCAGUUUGUGGUAAACGAUUCUCUGAAAAGGGACAUUUGACACGUCACGCAAGAACACACACUGGAGAGAAGCCUUUUGCCUGCUCAGUUUGUGGUCAAAGAUUCUCCCAAAAGCAAAGCUUAAAAAUACACACAAGAACCCACACUGGUGAGAAGCCUUUUGCCUGCUCAGUUUGUGGUCAAAGAUUCUCUGAAAAGGGAACUUUAAUAACACACACAAGAACACACACUGGUGAGAAACCUUUUGCCUGCUCAGUUUGUGGUCAAAGAUUCACUCACAAGGGACAUUUGACAAGUCACACAAGAACACACACUGGAGAGAAACCUUUUGCCUGCUCAGUUUGUGGUCAAAGAUUCUCUCACAAGGAAAGCUUAAAAAUACACACACGAACCCACACUGGUGAGAAACCUUUUGCAUGCUCAGUUUGUGGUCAAAGAUUCUCUCUAAAGGAAAGCUUAAAAAUACACACAAGAACACACACUGGAGAGAAGCCAUUUGCCUGCUCAAUUUGUGGGCAAACUUUCUCUCAGAAGGGAAACUUAAAAACUCACACAAAAACACACACUGGUGAGAAGCCUUUUGCAUGCUCAGUUUGUGGUCAAAGAUUCUCCCAAAAGGAAAGCUUAAAAAUACACACAAGAACACACACUGGAGAGAAGCCUUUUGCCUGCUCAGUUUGUGGUCAAAGAUUCACUCACAAGGGACAUUUGACAGGUCACACAAGAACACACACUGGUGAGAAGCCUUUUUCCUGCUCAGGUUGUGGUCAAAGGUUCUCUCGUCAGGCUCGGGUUAAGACACACAAGUGUCCUGGUGAGACAAGCAGUGAUCAAUAAGUUUUUAAUGCAAAUGUAAAUGUUUAAUAUAAAAGUAAUGUCUAUGUUACUGACAUAAAUCUACAUGCUUGUAUUCUGUGUACCAGCUUUUAUUGUAUGUAUCUUCUUCUUGUCCGUAUAGUUUCUGAAAGCCCCGUGAGUGUUGACAGCAAUGUAAGAUAUCCAACGUAAUACCAGCUUGAACAAGGCGGUGUUUGGAAACUCGAGCAAUUUCCUGAAAAGUUGUCAUUUCGAAGGUGAGGGGAUUCCACCUGACAGCUGCGAUAUACAAAUAUGACCAAUUACUGCCACUUCAUAGUAUGGUACAUUCCUUUUCCCACACCAGCUAUGCCAGUGCUUUUCAAUUUUCAAUUUUGUUGAUGAAAAAGGGGUGUUCGAAAGGGAAUUAGUUCUUUACCAAUUGCUCCAAAAUGUAUUGAUAUUAUUGGAAAUGAGUGCCAGUUUCAUUUUCUUGAGCAUGCAUGCAUUUUGUCCAAUGUUUUAGUGAUGUCAAUAUCAAAUAAGUGAAUGAUUGAUUGAAAUAGACUGUAAAAAAAAAACUGACUUUUGGUGCGAAACUGUAACGUGUAUAUGUGAUCCUGAAUAAAGUACACUGCUUAAAACAGUGA